CAAAAUUCGGAUUCAAAUUUGAACCGGAUCUCCGGCGUUCACCAUUCCCAUUUUCGGACAUCGAUUCCCAAAAAUCUCUCUCCGAAAUCGCAGUUUCACAUGCGGAAAUGGAAGGAAAGAGGCAAUCGCAAAAUCUGUUCCCUCCGUCGCCGUCGCCGUCGUCUUCGGCAUCUUCACUUCUGAGGGAAGCUUCGGCGUUCAAAACCCCAAGACCGCCAUUACGGAGCUUCAACUUCCAGUCUUCUCCUCAGUUCUUCACGGCCUCGAAAGCCACCCCGGCGUCCUCCGCUCGCGGGCGCCGCGUGCUGAAGAGCUCAGCCGCGAAGAGCAAAGCGGCGCGGAAGCUGAAGGCCUUCGAGCUCGAGCAGUCCAAGUCAGCUCGGAAGGCUUUGACCAGCAAGGAGAAGUCCGUGAAGUCUUUGGGGAAGUCGCUCGCUGUUUGGCUGAAUUUCCUGUUUGAGAACCCUAGGUCUUGCGGAUGUGAUGUGUCGAGGUUCACCGGAGGGUUUGAGCGUUGUGGUGAUGGUGAGGUCGGGGUUGUGGUUAGUGGGAAGAGGGAGAGCAGCUCGGGAUGUAGGGUUGGUGUUGGUGAACCGUGGAGGGAUCCCAAGAGGCCGAGGAAUGUGUCCUGGAGGGGUACGGGAAAUGAAGAAACAGGAGCUUUUCAGGAUUCAAUGUUCUCGGGGUUGAAAGCUUCGUUGCUUGACGUUUGCAGCUUUGAUGAUUUGAAGGAAAGAAUGAGGAAUUACUUGAGCUUGGGAAGCUGUAAGGAGCUAUUCACUACCAUGACUCAAGUAGCAAAGAAUAUUGAUGAUGGUCGAUUGAAAAUGAGAGUGCACUGUCCCAUGGUUACUGAUGUUGGAAUGAAGGAGAAAGCAUUGAAAACUCUCAUGUGUUAUAACCCCUUUUGGCUUCGGAUUGGAUUGUACAUAAUUUUAGGUGGUGACUCCUUGUUGCCAAAUGGAGAUGUCAAUUCUGAGCAGGAAAUUGCAUUCUUGAAGAUGGUGAUCGAGAAGCAGUUUUUCUCACAUGUUGGUUUAGCAAAAACAUAUGCUUAUAACAAGUUGGUUGAGGGUUUAUUCAGGCCUGGUUACUAUGAGAAGUUGGGGAAUGUCAUCUUAAAAAGAUUUUUGUUGCUUGUUCUUGUGCUUGAUAGAGCUAAAUGUCAAAGCAGUCUUCCUUGUAAAUAUGGUAUUGAUGGAUUAGAUGGGGGAUCCCCUCUGCUAUUCUCUUUGCAAUCGCAUGUUAAAUCUAGCAAUCAACUGAUCAAUGAGUUCUUAUCUUCGGAUGUGAUGCAUGGCGAGGGUAACCUUCUUGCACAUCUAGUCAUAAUUGGAUUUAAAGCAAAUUAUCAACAGAAUCCUUUGGUUGAGUAUCAAUUUAAGGUGGAGGAUAUAUUUGAAGAUCUUCAAGAUGGUGUACGACUUUGUAGAGCUGUUCAGCUCCUGCAGCAUGAUCCAUCUAUCUUAAUGAAAAUGGUGGUUCCAUCAGACACCCGCAAAAAGUGUUUGAUUAACUGUGGUGCAGUGCUGCAAUAUGUGAAGCAGGCUGGUGUACCAUUACUAGAUGAAGAUGGAACUACUAUUAUGGCAGAAGAUGUUGUUAAUGGAGAUAAGGAGCUCAUCCUUUCCCUGCUAUGGAACAUGUUUGUGCACUUGCAGUUGCCACUUCUAAUCAACAAGACACUCAUGGCUGAGGAAAUUUGUAAAAUACAAGGAGUUCCAUGGAAAUACUCAAAGGGUCACACUCACUUGGAUAUGCUUCUGGGAUGGAUCCAGGCAAUUUGCGAGAGUUAUGAUCUUAAGGUUGAGACUUUUUCUUUGUUGGUUGAUGGAAAAGCUAUGUGGUGCUUGCUUGAUUUUUACUUCAGGAAGGAACUUCACUGUUCUUGUUCAUUUAAGGCAUUUGAUCAAACAGAAGAAGUUUCCAUAGUAUCUGCAAUUGAUUAUACAGAUGCAGUACACAAUUUCAUCUUAUCCCAAAAGCUGCCAUCCUUGUUGGGAAAGUUCCCAGAGGUUUUACAAGUCAGUGACAUACUGGAAAGUAAUGGUGCAUGCAAUGAUCGCAGUGUGGUUAUACUCUUGGUGUUCCUGUCUUUUCAACUGCUUGUUAAAAGAAACACGGACCAUUUGAACUUUCAUAAAUUGUUGGGUUUUAAUUGUCAAAGUCCUGAAAGGAGACGGUUAAGCAAAGACCAAUGGUUUAUGAAUUCUGAAGCAGACCUGAAGCAAGAAGAAAGAAUUCACUCUUCUGAAGAUGCUACAAGAAAUUUCAAGGCGAUAAUGUCCUGGUGGCAAGAGAUGGCUCAACGAAAUAAUAAAAGUGGUCUGGAGCAAGUAAAUCUGACACAAGAAGAGUUUUUGACUUGUAAAGGAGUUGGAGGCCCUGAAAGAGAAAAUGCUGCAAAAAUAAUUCAGUCUCAUUUCAGACGGUCAGUUGAACAACAUAGAUAUAUGAGGAUUAAGUGCACUGCCUCUUUCUUGCAAGCUGUAAUACGAGCUUGGUUGACCAGGAAGAAAUCAUUAAUCGAGAUGCCCAAUCAAAGGGAAGCUCAGGGAUCUUUGAAUUUUGAGUCGGAGAAUGGGAAGAACCAUUUGGUAAAUUUCGGCAAAUAUGCAGACCUUGAGGUUGAUGGCCAAGAUAUUAUGAAGUUGAAAAAAUCUGUAGAAACCCAACAUCUGGGUGGAAGUAAAGAAAUUCAAGAUUUGUCUACAUCUCAUCUUAUCAAUGCUGCCAUUGUCACUCAGAAGUACAUCCGCAGAAGGAUAGCUCAGUCUAUGUUUGCAAACAUGGUUGCUCAGGUAGAUAAAUCUUUAGAAUUGUCCAAGGAAAAUGAGGCAAAGGAUUGUCAAAUGAAAGCAGCCUUAUCCAUACAGCGUUCUUGGAAAGCAUACAGAAACCAAAAGUUGUUUCUUCAGACUAGACACUCUGCAGCAAUUCAAAUUCAAAGUCACUAUCGUGGUUGGUUGAUGAGGAAGUUGUUCAUUAAUCAGAAGCAAACAAUAAUACAAGUCCAGAGUAUCUUCCGUUCCAUGAGAUGUAUGAGGGAUUUUAAGCGUUACAGAUGUGAAGUUAUGUCAGCGAUUACUAUUCAGGCAUAUGUUCGUCACUGGAUUGCUUGCAGAGAUUUUAAUAGGUGUAGAUGUCUUAUUAUUAAGAUUCAGAGUCAUUGCCGUGGGUGGAUAAGAAGGAAAGAAUUUUCACUACAGAAGGCAGCUGCUGUCAGAAUUCAAAGUGCAGUCCGUUGCAUGAUAUAUUGGAAGGCAUUCCUUUCCCAAAAGUAUGCUGCUACUGAAAUGCAACGGCUUGUCAGAGGAGAGAUCGCUAGAAAGCGGCUUCUAGGUUCAUCAUGCUAUUGCAGGACUUCAAAUAGCAGUUCGAAAACCUCUGAAUUGAGACUAUUUCUGCAAUCAGUGGUAGAGAUACAAAGGUGGUGGAGAGCUGUUUUGUUACAUAGACAACAAAGUGAAAAAUCAGCAGUUUUUAUCCAAUCACAUUUUCGAGGAUGGAUUGCCAGGAAGAGGGUUUCAAUGGAAAGACACAGGGAAAAAUCAGCAGUUUUUAUCCAAUCACAUUUUCGAGGAUGGAUUGCCAGGAAGAGGGUUUCAAGGGAAAGACACAGGGAAAUAUCAGCAGUUAUUAUCCAAUCACAUUUUCGAGGAUGGAUUGCAAGGAAGAGGUCAAGGGAAAUACACAUGGAAAAAUCAGCAGUUGUUAUCCAAUCACAUUUUCGAGGUUGGAUUGCCAGGAAGAGGGUUUCAAGGGAAAGACGCAGUGAAAAAUCAGCAGUUUUUAUCCAAUCACAUUUUCAAGGAUGGAUUGCAAGGAAGAGGUCAAGGGAAAGACACAUGGAAAAAUCAGCAGUUGUUAUCCAAUCACAUUUUCGAGGAUGGAUUGCCAGGAAGAGGGUUUCAAGGGAAAGAGACAGGAUUGUUGUGAUCCAGUCAUAUAUGAAAGCUUACCUCGCGAGGAAAGACCUAAAAGGGCAGCUUCUUGAUUUGCGUUUAAGAGUGCAAAAAUCUGCAGCAAAUGUUAAUGAUGGUAUGCGUUUAAUUAAUAGACUUCUUGCUGCAUUAUCAGAACUUCUGAAUACAAAAAGUGUAAGUGGCAUCCUCCACACUUGUGCAACUUUAGACAUGGCCACACAACACUCACAGAAGUGUUGCGAAGAACUUGUUGCCGCGGGGGCCAUUGAUAUUCUGCUAAAGCUGAUCCGCUCUGUCAGCCGUAGCAUUCCUGAUCAGGAAGUCCUGAAGCAUGCACUUUCCAUCCUUAGAAACCUCACUCGAUAUCCGCAUUUGACUGAAGUCCUCAUCAAAUCUAGUGGAUCUGUAGAAAUUAUUUUGUGGGAGUUAUUAAGAAACAAAGAGGAGGGGUAUUUCAUUGCUGCUGAGGUUUUGAAGAAACUGUUUCUGCACCGCAAAGGCAUUGAAGCUGCCCACAAGUUACCUGCUCUAGUAAAGAGGCUACACAAUCACGUGGAAGAGCUUUCAAGGAAGGCAAAAAAUGAUAAAAGGACUACUCAAGCUGUUGCAAUCAGAGAACAGGUUGACAGAAGACUAAGAGAGGCUGUAGACCUCUUAGAGUUGAUCAAAACAUCCAACCCAAAUUCAACCAAAUGAAUGAUUCUCCUGCAAUCUGUUUUCUUUUAGCUUAGAAACGGAGUGUAUUUGUGUAUUAUAAUCUAAAUAUCCUUUCCAAUGCUAAUUGUGCACUUUGUUGGGGUUUGGCUGUUGUCCCCCCUGUGCAGCUGUGAUAUACAUGCACCGCUACCCUACAUUGUAUUAUUAUAUUCACCAGUCACGUGAAUGUAGUUGUAAGGUUGAUUUUCAAAUCUUUCAUUUUUAUUGAUUUUGGUUUGGAUUAUUGCCUUUUUUGGACCGACCAAUCCAU